AUGCAAUUGAAAAACCUCCUCGUGGCCGCCUGCAUGGCCCUGCCCGCCCUGGCCGAGUCCACCAACAGCACCGAUAUCGCGCCUAAGCUCCAAACCCGUCUGGCCCAGAUUGACAUCGGCUACAAGACCACCUACCUCAGCCUCAACCAGGCAGUGAGUGGCAACGGCAACGCCACCAUCGAUGAUGUCAUUUCUACAUACAAGAAAACCGCUUCGACUGAAGACAGCGCCCUUGACAAGCACCAGCCCACCGCAGCUCUUCCUCACUCCUCUCAGCUGGUGCUCUGCCAGGCCUACCACUCUCUUGCCCUGAGUGGUAUCGAACUCAACUCCGCCUUCAUUGAGCACCUCGACUCCUUCAACAAGUCCCAGCGCCACAGCAUUGAGUCUACCCUGUCCAAGGUCAGCUCUGAGACUUCACGUUUCUCUUCCCAGGUUGCCAGCAAGGCUCUGUCGUACUGCUAUGACACCGUUCACUACGAUGAGAAGAUCAUCAACAAGUCCCUCCAGGACGCUAUGUCGGCGCUGGGUAACUAA